AUGUGGAUGAUGAGUAACCUUAAACUGCAGGAAACGGUGCCGUUUGUAGUGAUGGUGGCGAUGGAAGGUUGUACUAUAAUAUUAACCAUUUGGGUAAAAUCUGUCAUGACAAAUAAUGGCAUGAGCCCUUUUGUUUUUGUCGUCUAUACUCACUCCCUUUCCUCUCUCUUCCUCCUCCUCUCUUCUUUCCUCUUUCGCUGCUGCAGAAGAGAUUCAACACAGCAAUCAGUCUUCACCUGGGCUCUCUUCGUUCGAUGCUUCCUCUUGGGUUUUACAGGGAUAACAGUAUCUCAGAAUCUUGGAUUCCUUGGUUUAAGUUACAGCUCCCCUAUUCUUGUGUGUGCCAUGGGCCUAAUGAUCCCAUCUUUUUCCUUCCUGCUCUCUGUCUCACUCAGGAGGGCGAAACUAGAUUGGAGAAGCUCAGGUUUCCAGGCCAAAGUAAGUGGCACACUAAUAUCAAUCAUUGGGGCAAUAGUGGUUGAACUCUACAAGGGUGAAUAUAUAAGAAAAUCUUCGGUUUCCUCUUCAUAUUGGUAUAUUAAUCAACUUCAACUCCGAGUAGAGAAAUUAGGCUUAAUCUUCUCCUCAGAGAAAGAGCAUUGGGUUGUGGGUGGCCUUUUACUGGCAACAUCUACUUUAUCCGUUUCCGUAUGGAACAUCAUUCAGAUGGGAACGAUGAAACUAUAUCCACAAGUGGAAGUAAUGGAAGUGGUAACUUUUUAUAGCUUGCUUGGGACAAUCCAAUCUGCAAUGCUAUCUUUGUUCCUAGAGAGAAACCCAAGUGCUUGGAAAUUAAAACUCAACGGGGAGCUCCUUCUGAUUGUUUUAACAGCAAUUUUCGGGGGUCUAGUUCGAAGUCGUGUUCAACAUUGGUGUAUGAACAUGAAGGGCCCAUAUUAUGUGCCGUUGUUCAAGCCGUUUGGGAUUGUUUUUGCAACCAUUUUUGGUGUCAGUUUAUCUGCAAAUAGUCUUUGUUAUGGAAGUGUGAUGGGAGCAGUCAUAACUGGAAUGGGGUACUUUAUUAUAAUAUGGGGACAAAUCAGAGAAGAUGAAAAACAUGAUCAAGAUCACUGUGUUGAUGAGAAUCUCGAAUCCAGUUCUGAGAGGAAGGUCCCUCUCUUGCAAGAAGAAGAUGUAUAGAAUAGUUUUAAUUCUUAAACGGGAAAUUACCUAUCAUCGGGUGUAUAUCCUUUUCUAUGUCUCUCUCCCACAGGUGAUAGGAUAUGUAUAUAUACACACCUAUUUCUAUGUAUCUUUCUUCUCAGGUUGCUUGAGAGAGAGAAAAAGGUAUACACCUCGUGACAUGGGAGUUCUCCUUGAAAAUACCAGAAAGCUUGAGACAAAAGAAGGCUCCUAGACAUUAGGAUUGCCGGUAUGCUAUGGCCAGUCGUGGAUGCGCUGCAAAUUCCUCACGUUUGAUGCAUUAGAAUCUGCUUGUAUUGCGUGGCAACUGAGUGUAGAAAAUUUCUUCUAGUUGUACAUGAAGUGCAGGAA